GCUCUCUCCAACCCAUAAGUUACGUAACACAUGUAGUAAGAGGACUCACAACCAUGACGGGGGCACGCAAGAACAAGGUCGCCUACUUCUAUGACAGGGAGUUCCAGGAGUUCUAUUUCGGGCAGAACCACCCGAUGAAGCCCCAUCGGCUGGCGAUGACCCACCACCUGGUCCUCGGCUACGGGCUUCACAAGAAAAUGGAUGUCUUUCGACCUCGGCGCGCACACCCAGCGGAGCUAGCGCAGUUCCACACAGAGGACUACAUCGAGUUCCUCUCUAAAGUGACGCCGGACAGUGCCGCCAAGUUUGGGAACCAGCUGCGCCAGUAUAACAUCAACGACGACUGCCCGAUUUUCGACAACAUGUUCAAGUUCUGCCAACUUUACGCGGGAGCUUCCAUUGAAGGCGCAGUCAAGCUCAACCACAACCUGUGCGACAUCGCAAUCAACUGGUCGGGUGGGCUGCACCACGCUAAGAAGGGGGAGGCCUCGGGCUUCUGCUACAUCAACGACCUGGUGCUGGCCAUCCUGGAGCUGCUCAAGUACCACGCGCGCGUGCUGUACAUCGACAUCGACGUGCACCACGGCGACGGCGUGGAGGAGGCCUUCUACCUCUCGGACCGUGUGAUGACGGUGUCGUUCCACAAGUACGGCGACUACUUCUUCCCGGGCACCGGCGACCUGAUGGACACGGGCGAGCUCAACGGCAAGUACUACUCGGUCAACGUGCCGCUCAAGGACGGCACCAAUGACGACACCUUCCACGCGCUGUUCAAGCCCAUCAUGCGCCGCGUGAUGGAGGUGUUCCGCCCCGAGGCCAUCGUCAUGCAGUGCGGCGCGGACUCGCUGGCGCACGACCGGCUGGGCUGCUUCAACAUGUCGCUGCGGGGUCACGGCGAGGCCAUCCGCUUCAUGAAGGAGUUCGGGUUGCCCAUGCUCAUCACUGGCGGCGGCGGCUACACAAAGCACAACGUGGCGCGCUGCUGGACCUACGAGACCGCGAUCCUCACUGACACGCAGGUGCCCGAGCAGCUGCCGCGCUCCGACUACCACGAGUACUUCGCCCCCGACUUCUCGCUCAACGUGUCCGCACACAAGGUGAUGGACGACAGCAACAGCAAGGCGGAGGUGCAGCGCAUUCUGCGGGAGGUGUUUGAGAACCUGCGGCUGCUGGAGCACGCGCCCGGGGUGCACAUGCACCAGGUGCCGCCCGACUUCCGGGUGCCGCGCUACAACUACGACGAGGAGCCGCUGGAGGAGCGGGUGGGCAAGUACGCGCGCGAGCACCUCAUCAUCAGGGAGGACGAGGAGAUGGCGCUGCCCGGCGCCGGCGCCAUGGGCGGCGCAGGCGCAGGCGGCCCCUACCACCACGAGCCCUACGACUGAGCGGGGUUCGUGGGGGCGUGCGCGUGAGCCUAAGCGCUGGGGGAGGGAGGAGGGAGGGCCCGCAUGCUGCGCGUGCGGCCGGCCGGCUGGCGCCGGCGCGCGCGUGCAUGUGCGUAUGUGGGUCCGGUCGCCGGCAGUCGCGGACCGGCGGUGAGAGGGAGGCAGCGACCCUCACGGGCCGCGGGCCGGCUGCGCUGCGGGGAGAUGGGCGCCCCUUGCAGCUGCAGCAACGCCUCUCGUGCGUCCUCAGUGCAGCGCGGAAACAUUUACUUGUCACAGUUUUUGCCCCUGUAUUGUCGAGGUCGAUGUGGUAGCGCUGGUGGUGAGGCAUGCUGUGGGCGCGCGUGCGUGUGAUGGAUCGGCGGAACUGGCAGCAGCUAGGCGCCGCCAUGAGCGGCCGCCGAUCAGCGCAGAGGGAGUGGAGGCUCACAGGCUGGCGCGCUCCGCAGCAGCUGACUGCCGGCGCCCUGCAGCUGGGCGCAACCGCGCAGGCAGCACCCGCCCCGGUGGCCCGCAGCACGGGACCGCCGCCGUCCAUCGCCUCGUCAUGGACGCCAGCGGCGAACCCUGCGCCCCAGCAUAGCAGACGCCCCGGCACGGCCGCCGGCAGCACCAGUCAGGGCCCGCUGGCGCGGCAGGCCCUGGUCGUAUCGCGCCAACGGCUGGCCCCCUCACGCAACAUACCUCCAUCCGCACCACCAGCUGAACGGGCCGGCCCGCACGGGCAUGCACGGUCCGCUCCGGCGCCGGCCUGCACGCCCAACAAGCAGCGGCAGCCCACACGCCCAGACGCAUGGCGCUAGCUAGGCUGCAGUACCGCCUCAAUGCUGCGCCCUGCAACCCAACGAGCGCCUGCUCCCGGUCGCGCUGACACCCAUGGGUGUCGUGUGGGUGGUGCUCCAGGCUGAGCAGCUCAGCCCGCAAGGUGCUGAUUUGGGGCUCCCAUGCAGCGCAGUCCGCUUGUAUGUGCAACUGGGAAGCUUAACCAGGGCGGAAAAGCUUGGGAUGCGGGAGUUGAGGUCCUGAUGCGCGACGGACACGGAAGAGCGGUGCAAGGCGGUGCCAGGACGUGGCGCGUAUCGCUAGCAGGAGGGUGGCAGAGGGGUGCGACGACAUGCAUCUGCCUCGGGGACGCCCAGCAGCCAUUCCAAGCGCUGUGCCCGUCUGGCAGGUGUCUCACUUUGGUGAUGGCGCUAUGAUACACCGAUGUGUAUAGUAGCACCUGGAGUUGGACAAUUACUGGGUUGGAAAGCCAAUUCAGGCUGAUCGACCACAUCAUGUUUUCGGUAGUUCUUGCUUUAGCGAGCGAAACAGCGAGUGAGCUUUGCCCAGGUCUGUUGAGCGAGCUCUUUGUUGCAAUGGCGGGCGGCGGACGCAAACGGGUCUGAGGCAGGUCGGGAAGGCUUUCUCUGCGCUGCCAUGUAUUGUGCGUUGGUGCACGGUCCAGUCGGCAGUGGAACACGCCACCCGGAGGCUUGCUUUCGAAUGCGGACGUCAAACCGCUUGACAAGCGCCCUCUUGUUAUUAUGCUGCCGGUUGUACUGGGAGGCUGCCAUACCCCCAACUAAAUCCGUGCAAUGUACAAGUAAUAACAGACGUGUGGGCGGAAGCCCAACCCCGCGACUAAGAGGGGAAAUACCCCGUAGUAGUCGUGGCCUAGGAACGUGUGCGUGAUGUUAUUAGAGUUGGGGUAGGGGAACCUGCGGCGGCGGCUGCGGCGGCGGCUGCGUGCCCUUACUUGUGCGGCACGUACUUGCGUUAUCACGCUGGAUGGCACGGGGUGCGAUACAACAUCAUGCUCGACUGAUGGAGCGCAUUGCAUACAACGUCCACAGAAUAGGCGCAGGGUUUACCUGAUGUGAACGGCUCGGCCAUCAUAAUGUGCUUGCACAUUGCACGAGUAAUGUCUCUUGGCAGUGACCACGGAUGUGGCGAACCAAGCAUGUGCGAGCCUCGCUCUAUACCGCGCUCGCUACAAAGAAUGUCCAACAGGCUUCUGACGGGUGCAGCGGCGGGCUGCGCAUGAUUCUACAUUACCGUUAAUGUGCGCAGUGCGCGUGGACUCCGCAGCGCCUGGGCGCCCGGCACGCCAGAAACUACACACUUGGGGACUUGGGUGAUGGUGAUGGUGCAAGACGGCGGGAUGGGAUAAAAUUUUGUGGCGGUUACAUACCGACGCUGGCCGAGCGAGGCGUUAGGCAGCAGUAGGUGGAAGGCCCAGCAGCCAUGCAUGCGCCUUUAGCCGGCGGUGCCGUACGACGCAUGAGGUAUA